AAUGACUGGCCACUAUAUCCCAAAGAAACAUUCUCAUCCAUAAACAGAAGAAAAAAAAAGGAAUGGCACUCAAAAAAAUAUCCUCAGUUUUUCUCAUCUUCAUCUUUGGUUUCUACUCUGAAACUGCCAAGUCGCAGAACAGCGGCUGUUCCCCAAUCCUCUGCUGCAGUAAGUUUGGGUAUUGUGGCGUCACAGAAGAUUAUUGUGGCUCCGGUUGCAUAUCAGGUCCUUGCCGAAAUAUUACUGAGCCGGUUGAGCCGGUUGACAGUAUUAUGACCAAAAAAUUCUUUAACGGAAUUAUUAGCCAAGCAAGUAAUGGCUGCGCCGGGAAAAAAUUUUACACCCGUGACUCUUUCCUUGAGGCCGCUCAUACUAACUGGGAGUUCAAUAUGUCUGUUACCAGGCUUGAGAUUGCUGCCAUGUUUGCUCAUUUCACCUACGAGACCCAACAUUUCUGCAACAUAGAGGAGGUUAACGGAAGUUCAUUUGACUACUGCGACGAGGGCAACAUGCAAUAUCCAUGUGCACAUGGAAAGAAAUACUAUGGUCGUGGUCCGAUGCAAUUAGCAUGGAAUUACAACUACGGAUCAUGUGGCCAGAGUCUCGGACUUGACCUCUUACGCAAGCCUGAGCUAGUGGGUAGCAACCCAACUGUGGCUUUCAGGACAAGUCUGUGGUUUUGGAUGAACAGCGUAAGGCCCGUACUGGACCAAGGAUUUGGAGCCACCAUUAAAGCCAUCAAUAGUCUGGAGUGGAGCAGUGGGAAUCAAAGUGCGGUCAUGGCAAGGGUUGAGUAUUAUAAAGACUAUUGUAAUCAGCUUGGUGUAGACCCUGGCAGCAUUGAUCUUCUGAGUGGGCUGAGUAGCGGCAGCAUUGAUCUUCCGAGUGGGCCGAGUGGCGGCACCAUCUUCACUCUAAAGAACAAUUGCCCUGACACCGUCUGGGCCGGAACUCUCGCCGGCAAAGGACUCGAGCUCGGCGGUGGCGGAUUUGAAUUGACCGAAGGCGCUUCCAAAAAGCUCUUGGCUUCUGCGGGAUGGUCAGGUCGGUUCUGGGCUCGUACGGGAUGCAAGUUUGACGCCUCCGGAAAGGGUAGAUGCGACACCGGAGAUUGCGGCGGUCUAAAAUGUAACGGCGGCGGAGUUUCUCCAGUCACUUUUUCUGAAUUCACCCUCGUUGGCGAUGGCGGCAAGGAUUUCUACGACGUGAGCCUCGUCGACGGUUACAAUGUCAAGGUGGGGAUAAGGCCUUCCGGAGGAUCUGGAGAUUGUAAGUACGCAGGCUGCAUCGCCGACCUCAACGCGAACUGCCCUAACGAGCUUCAGGUCAUGGGUCCUGAGAACAAUGUCGUGGCGUGCAAGAGCCCCUGUGAUGUGUUUAACACGGAUCCAUAUUGUUGCCGUGGAGCUUACUCCACGCCGCAAACUUGUUCUCCGACGGAUUACUCGAUGAUUUUUAAGAAAGCUUGCCCUGACGCCUAUAGCUACGCUUACGAUAACGUAACGAGCACCUUCACUUGUACUGGAGCUAACUACGAAAUCACUUUCUGCCCAUAAAAACCGGAUUUCCGGUGUAGAUUAGGUCGGGUUUCUUUUGCUUCUUAUGUACAUAUAGAAAGAUGAGGACUAUGGCCUAUAAAAUAUGUUUUCUUUCUUUUAGGCUUUAGCUUUUACCAAAGUAUUCAGUUGUUAACUCAGGUGAUUUGCAUACAAAAUAUAACAUGAAUAACCUGUUUGGGCUGGCGUUUUUA